CUCCCUGCUUGCACUCUUUUACACACAAGCAAGCAGGGUUUGUGUUAUGGCAGGGGUUGCACAUUGGCAUUUACCAAACAGCCGCUGCAUGCCACUCUCCCUCACAGUACCUCCCUGCCUUCUCAUGGGACAGACAGACAGACAGACAGACAGGCUGAACUGGACUGAGAACAGACUGAAGUGAACUGUCUGGCAAACACGCCCUCGCAUCAGCUCCAAAGUGGGGGAAACUGCUGAACACAUGUCAAGAUACCAAAUGUGCAACCAGAUAAUGUGACAUCAACUACUGGGAGAACUGAAUAAAGCAAAUGAUGGAAGGACAAAACGGAAAUAUCUCAUUUCAUAAAACAAAGGAGAAUGGAUUUAAAGGGAAGCCACCUUACUCAGUCGAAACCCCUUAUGGAUUUCGACUCGACUUGGACUUCCUGAAAUAUGUUGAUGACAUAGAGAAAGGCAAUACCAUCAAAAGAGUCCCAAUCCAGCGCCGGAGCAAAGGCCUCCGGGCAAGCACUCUUCCCAGGCACCUCAACCCUUCUGGUAAUGGCUAUCACCCAACCCUCUGGGGAUCUACUGGAGCCCUUGGGCCCAGGUCUCGCCUGUCAGACGCUCAUCAUCAUAGCUACACUUCCUCGGCAUGUGAUCACAGGUCACCACUUUCUCCCACGGGUCUCAAAUCCUUGACAGAGAUGGAGGCCAGGAUCAAGGAGUUUGACGAGCAACCGCUCGGGGAACACAUUCGACCACAUCUGCUCCGAGCCUCCAGUUUGCCUCUCACAGUAUUACUGAGACAGAGCUCAGAGUCCACGGAGGACCCCGCCAGCCUCAGGAGUUCAAGGGAUCACCUGGGAGGAAGAAACACCUCCUGUGAAGACAUUUUCUGCUCCCCAGACAGCUCUCAACCCCGGGACUGCUCAGGGCUGUUGAGGCGCCUGACUGAGGCCCUGGAACGUGUUGGGGAGCUGGAGAUGGAAGUGAGGGUCAUACCAGAACUUAGGGCUCAGAUCUGUGUCCUCCAAGAGGAAAGAGAAAGACUCCUGAAUCCACAUGUGCACUUCACUUCCAUGAAUGGGACCACGGACCCUCAUGCCAUGUCCUGCUAUGGCACCAUGGACGUUAAAAGGCCUCGGCAUGAAUGCCAUGUCAUGUUUCCUAAAAAUCACACUGUCAGUCAGGAUAACUCCACUCCAACCCAUGAGUGGAGGACGAGUACAGAUCUGGACGAGCUGCUGACAGUGACAUCCCUGCAAGCGAAGGUGGCUGUGCUAGAGCAGAAGCUCCACGAAACAGACCUGGAGCUCCAGAGGACCUUAGGUCUGCUGAAGGAGCAGCAGGAGGAGAGCACAAGGAAAGAUGAAAAGAUACAACAUCUUACUAGGAACCCCGGGGUGUGGGUCCGGGCUGAGAGGGUGGUGGUCGACCAGGAUGGAGAUGAGACAGUGGUGAGAUCCAUUGAACCAAAAUAUACUCAAGUGUUUUCCUCCAGAAUCCCAGACGUACUUGGCAGUGCAAGAACUGUUCCCACAAAUGGACAAAGAAGUCAACUGCAAGACUCUGUAGUUGAUUCGACGUGUACUGAAAUGAGUCUGCAUGGACAGGCUUUGGCUGCAGACACAGCAGUUAUUGUCCACCACAUAAAGAACAUAAAAAGGCUCCUGGGUCAGCAGUGGGAGUGUUUGUGUGCAGACAGUGAGUUGCGAGAGGAAGGUAAACCUCUAAAACACCCAGAUGCUAAAGUCAACUCCCUGCAGCAGGAGAUGGUGGGACUCAUAGACGUCCUCGCCUCCUACUACACCCAGCAUGGACCGAGUGAUGGAGAAAACAUUCCUCCUAAAGCCUCUAAAUCCAUCAUGAAGACAGAUGGAUGCUCCCAGAUGUCAAAAAACCAAGAUUCGGGGCUUUUAAAUGAAGGACAUGAAACAGCUGCAGGUGGAGAUGGGAAGCGAGGUGUGCAUGACACUUCCAUCCAGUGUUGGGAGAGCAGCUCCAGGCCCGGGGAGAUGGCUGCCGCCCAGGUGGACGCAGCCACGGAGAAGAGACGGAUGGAGGGAGAGAGGCAAAUCACCUCCGAUGCACAGAUGACAUUCGGAGGAACAGGACUGGGGCAGACAGAUGGAGGUGUAGAGUCUGUGGAAGCUGACGCUACACAGAAAAUGGCCAAGACGAAACCAAAAGCUCCAGGAGAACAGAUGGAGAGGAACAGCGGCUCUGAAACAACCCCAGGGUGCAGGGAGACUGUGAGUGCAGAUUUUAUGACUGCCUGCCAGUUCCUCAAUGACCACAUGGAAAACAUGGAUAACCCCAAUGAUGAUAUGAGGAUGGCCCUGGUCGUGUUGUUCCAGCAUUGGUUCAGUGCGGCCGCGGAGGAGGCCUCAGCAGCCAGCAGGGUCAUUACGUACCUGAGAGAGGUAAAGAAAGCCACGCCUUCACUGCUGGCCUUCCUCGUCAACCUGGCAGACGACAACGGCAACACGGUGCUGCACUACAGCGUGUCCCACUGCAACUACAGCAUCGUCAGCCUGCUGCUGGACACGGGCGUGAGUGAUGUGACCCUUCAGAACAAUGCUGGCUACACAGCAGCGAUGCUGGCCUCACUGACCGCUCCUGAUGGCCCUGGUGGCAUGGAAGUGGUGCGCAAGAUCAUGGAGCUGGGAAACAUUAACAUUCGCUCCAGUCAGACGGGCCAAACUGCUCUGCACUUGGCGGUGAGACACGGUCGAGUGGUGAUGGUCCGCCUGCUCCUGAGCUGCGGCGCGGACACAAACAUUCAGGACAGCCAGGGAACCACAGCGCUGAUGUUCGCGUCAGAGAGGGGACACACGCACAUCGCAAGGCUGCUGCUGGAGAGGAGCCAGUGUGACCUCACCCUCACUAACAAGCGGGGUCAGACUGCCAUCACCAUUGCCAUGCAAGGCUCGCACACCGACACAGCCGCCCUCCUGCAGGCGCACGCUAAGGCUCGAGUCCUGUAGAGCAGGAAGUCCGGAACAGAAUCUGCAGACUUUGAUUCUGAGGAACUUCACAGUUCCUUUUAUUUUGUGCAUUGUUGUUGAUUGAGAUGCGUCUUGCAUGAUGCCGUUUCUGAAGCAUAGGCCUGAUGGGACGGUGUCAUUAUAACAACAAGACUUAUUUGUUAGCUUUAAUUGUCAACAUAAGCAAUGGAAAACAUGUAUUUAUUUUACUGCGUGUGUAUAUUGAUUUGGCCGCAUGGAUAUGUUGAAAGUUAUACAGAGAAAUAUGUGUUUAUGGAAUAAAAUGUUUGCAUGUGCCUCUCUGUUUAUAGAGAAAAUGUAAAGCAGCAGCACAACACUGUCUAAAUAUACAGAGUGCAAAAUAUACAAAGAAAUGCAAAGUAAAUAUUAAAUGCCGCAUGCCGUGCACAAGAGAGGCAAACCUAAAGCAACCGAUUUCGAUAGUUGACGUCAAUGUUGUUUGUUUUUAAUAAAAUGAUUUAAAACCGAA